AUGGCGGGGCUGCCAAAGAGAAUUAUCAAAGAGACAGAGCGUCUCAUGGCAGAGCCAGUUCCAGGUAUCAAUGCAGUUCCUCAUGAAGAGAAUCUCCGAUAUUUCGAUGUGACCAUUCAUGGUCCAGCCCAGUCGCCUUACGAAGGCGGCAUCUUCCGAGCUGAGCUUUUCUUGCCCGAUGACUACCCGAUGACUCCUCCAAAGAUUCGAUUUCUCACGAAGAUAUAUCAUCCGAAUAUCGACCGCUUGGGGCGUAUUUGCUUAGAUGUCUUAAAGAAUAACUGGUCGCCCGCCCUGCAGAUUCGCACAAUCCUCCUCUCUAUCCAAGCCCUACUAGGUGCUCCGAAUCCUGAUGAUCCGCUUGCCAAUGACGUCGCGCAAAGGUGGAAAGAAGACGAACAAGCGGCAAUCCAGACUGCAAAGGAAUGGACAAGAACUCACGCAAUGGCUUAG